CCUAGCAACCGUAUCUCGGAUAAUGACAACAAAACAACAAACAUUUUGUUCUCCGAUAGUAACUCAAACUUACAUUAUUUUUGUGAUUACAAAAUGUUUUCAUGAACGCAAUGUCGAAGGAUAACCUAUCGAACAACCUGCGGCUGAUGGGGUCGCCCGUGAACCUCUCGUACCGGUGCAAGAAGAAAGAUGACAAGAAGAACAUCCGCAACAGACCGCGGUCCGCCAUGCAGAACUCUAGUAUAACUCCGGAUAUCCAAGAGCGGCACAGAAGGCCAUUUUCAGCUGAUGCCAAGGAGCAUGUGCCGUCUACUAGAACUUUCUUGAAGUCUUUCAGUGCAGAGUUGCUGCACUCGCUGAAUAAUUCACCAAACAAUAUUAAAAUUAUGGCUCCAACAGCAGAUUUACUGAGGGAUACUAAAAGUUGUGAAAUAAAAACUCGAAAUCGGGAAAUAUGCAACACAUCUGACCAUGGCUCAGAAGAUACCUUCAUAAGUCUUGGAACAAAGAUUAAAGCUAGAGCACAGUCACCUAAAGGUAAAAACUCUAAUUGCAAGAACUUUAUUAAGUACAGAAAUAUAGCCAGGAAAGGUAAAAAAGCAAUGGAGAAUAAUAAUAUGGAACCUAAGAAUACAAACAAUGUAUUUGGUCUUGAAGUUAAAAUCGAAAGAAGACUCUCAUUAGAUGAGAAUACAGUUAGAAACAAAAACUUAUUCCAAGACCGUACACCCUCGCCUUCCUAUAUGAGUCGCUCCUAUGAAUCUUACUACCUUCCUAUAGAUAAUAAUAAUAAGAAAAUAAGUGAAGAGUCACUGGCUGGCCGCGUGUCUUUUGGACAGGGAGGCCUACAGUCAGAAGUGGAAGAUGCCAUUGAAACAUAUUCCCGACACCUCAAUGUGACCAAACAACAGUUGUCAUUAGUGGAAGAGGAGUCCACACAAGACAUAGAAAGUGUGCCUUCACAGAAUGCCUCCAGUCUGUCCCCCGAAAAUUCGCUGGAAGAUCAUAAAGAGAAUGGUGAUGAUACUGGCAGAGCCACCUAUGUCGUUAAUGGAAGUCAUGGUGAUUAUGCAAAAAUUACUAACAAUGAUGAGGGUCCCAGAACUUAUACUAGCUUUUAUGAUGAUUUUAAAAGUGCAUCUAUUCCAUCGUAUAAAAUGUCCAGCACUGUGGUACAUCACGACACUUCGUCCAAAGAUUCAGGAUACACCGACAGUGGCGGCACUAAUGACGAGAAACCACCUAGACGUAGGUAUUCUCUACAAAGUAAAAACACUAUUUAUAAAAAAUCUAAAAUGAAUACUCUUCAACCUAAAAGCUUGGAAUCAAUUCCUGUAAGUGAAGCUAAUGAGGAAAAACAUUUGAACACAUUUCCACAACAAAAAUCAUGGACUGAACCCAUGAACCACAGUCGCCUCUUGUACAAAGACUUUUUCCUAAAGAAAGAAGGACAUAUUGCGGUACCUCCAAAUAACUCACCAAAGAAGACUGAGAUCUUGAAUAUUCCGGGAGCAAAUGAAUCUAUUUCUGUAGUUAAAAGUGAUGAAGAAGAUAAUGUAGUUGAAUAUCCCUCCUAUUUGCUUCACAGUAACACUAAAACCUACACUUCUAGAGUUAUUGAAGAUUACAAGAAGGAAAUAGAGGCUAUUAACAAUUUACACGAGCUUACGCUCAAAGAUAUCAAGACAGACUCCAUAUCACCAACUCCUUUGAACAUUGACAAAAUGUUUGAUCAACAUUCUAAUUUCAGUGACAAUAAAACAGAUUCUAAUGAGAAUUCACAGGCAAGCUCAUCCAACACCGACCCAUUACCUGUUCAUCCUAAGCCCGACGAAAAUACUAAAAACGACAUAUCAAAAGUGUCAACUGAAGAAUUGAUCCAAAACUACUUAAAAGUUAAAUCAGGGGAAUACACCAAAGAUUACGUUUGUAAGCAAUUCAAAAAGUUUGAGAAGAAAAUUAACAAUACUGAUGUAAGUGUAGAAAAUGGAAUAGACCGUAAACAAGGUUUGAAUAAUAAAAAUAACAUAAAAAGUGCUGCAGUAAAAAGUGCAUUAUCCAGUCCAAUAAGAAACACGAUUCCGAGUCGCCCUAUCGUACCAGCAGUUACUCCUAAACUACCACUUAGUGCAAGACUUGAUAGUGUACAGAAUGAUAAAGAUAUAGAAUCCUGGAUGUCCAUAUCAGCUCCUUCGCCAAGUAUUUUAGAUAUAGAGGAAUCUCGUGAACCUAUUGCAGUCUCAGACAACCCAGAAACUAAAUCAACAGAAAAAGUUACUGACAACAACCAAAAAAUAACAGAAUCUAAUUCUGAUUCACAAAAUGAAGCUACAAAUGAAGAUAAGCCUAAAGUUAAAGAGCUGAAUUCUGGCUCCACGGUUCUAGAUAUUUAUUCGAUGUUAAAAGAUAUUGAAAGUUUUGGCGAUCAUCCAGUAACCAGUGUUGUGAAGACCGACAAUGAAACGCCAAGGUCUAAAGAAGAAGAAAAAUGCAACACUCCCAAAGAUAACUUUGCGGAAAUAUUCGAAUUUCUGGAAAAGGUUGAGGAAAGUGCGAACGACGCUCUAUCAGGAGUCACAACCACUACGCCACAGACCAUUCCUAAACUGGAAGCUCUGCUCAAGCUGCCGGCGACGGAGCUGGCGCAGCGGCUGGUGACGGCGCUGCUGCAGCUCGAUGAGCGCGGCUGCUGCGUCGCGCUGCUGCAGGAGAGCCUCGCCAACCACAAGGAACAGAUGUUCAACAAAGUGAGCAACCUGGAGAAGCAGUCGCACCGCAGCAUCAACAAAGUGAAGCAGGACUGCGAGGAGGCCGUCAAGAGGCACCAGAACUUCAUAGAUCAGCUAAUCAACGACAAGAAGACCCUAAACCACCGCAUAGAACAACUAGUGGAUGAGAGGCGAGCCAUGGAGGAGAAGUGGAGGAGAGCCGCACAGACCUUGGAUGAGAGGCACCAGCUCGAGCUGCGCGCGCAGCGGGACAAGAUGCAGGCGCAGCAACAGGUUGCCAGGCAAAGAUGGGUGCGUCAGAAAGCUGAAAAAAUCAAGGAGCUAACAGUAAAAGGCCUAGAGGGCGAACUACGCGAGAUGGCCGACCGACAACAGAAAGAAAUCACCGACCUCAAGAUGGCGCACGCAGAAACACUAGGCCGCAUCCAGUCCAAGCAUUCAGCAGCUUUGGAGGAGUUGAGGAGGGAAUUGGAGGAGGAGCGGGAGGCAGCCCUGGUGAAGGAGAGGCAGCUCGCUAGCGGCAGAAUGGAGAAACAGAUCCUCGAACUCGAAGCGACGUACCGCUCGCAGCGCACGCGCUUGGCCGCUGAAAUGCGAGCGGAGAGCGAGCGCGCCGCCGCAGGCCUGUGCGAGAGAGAGAGAGAGACGAGGAGGGAGAUAGAGAAAUGGCGCGAAGAGCAAGAGAAGAUUCUGGAACAGAAGAAAGUAGAAGUUGAGCAGGAAAUAGCCAAGCAGAGGGAGAAAAUAGAGGAAGAAAUGAAACAAAAACGAAUCGAACUCGAGCAAGAGUUCGAAACCUACAAGAAAGAGUUCGAAGCGUCCCAACAAGCGGCCCUCAAAGUGAAAGUGACGGAGAUAGGCGUGCAACACAAGAGGGAGCGAGACAGGGAGAUUGAGAAGGCUAUAGAGAGCAUGGAGGCUGAAGCGCAGGCGGGGAGGCGGGAGCUGCAGGAUGCUUUGAGGAGGAACAAGGAGCAAUACGAGAUGGAGCUCCGUGAGCUAGCAGAAACAGAGCAGGCGACUUUACGCCGCUACCAGGACGCGCAGGCGCGAGUGAGGACCACCGAGGACAAGUGUGCGGAGCUCGAGGUGACAAUCAACCAAUUGCAGACGAGAAACAAAGUCCUAACUGAGAAAACGUUCCAACUCGAGCAGCGCGCGGAAGAGGUUCGUUCUAACUGUGAGCGUGCGUGGGGCGGGAAAGUGGAGGCGCUGCAGAAAGAGAUGGAAGAUAUGAAGAAGACUCACGAGGAACAGAUGCACCAGCUUUAUGCCAAAGUGAAAGUAGCAGUCGCCCGAAAGGACUCCGCCAUCCAGGCGCUGACGCGCGAGGCGGCCAAGCACCAGGAGAGGAUAGCCGUGCUGGAGCAGAAGCUGCAGCAGCAGAGGAAGGACUUCCUUAAGCAUAAGUGAAUGACGGUGGUUGGUGGUGCUUUUUGUUGUGAGUUUGUCUUUGGAGCAACCGGGGAUGCAGUACCAGUAGGUAAUUGUUUGCCGCCGAAUGAGUUAAGCCUACUUUCACCAUAAUCUGUUAGAUCCUUAACACCCCCGCUACAUUGUAAGUGUAACCCGCAAGGAUUCGGCCAUCCAGGCGUUGACGCGGGAGGCGGCCAAGCACCAGGAGAAGAUGGCCGUGUUGGAGCAGAAGCUGCAGCAGCAGAGGAA